CAAAUGUCGGCCAAAACAUCAGCUGAUCUGUUCUACUGACCGUCAGUCGCGCCGGGAUUGUUUAAAAGUUGUUGCUGUGUGCUUGCUUUAAAUGAUUAAGCAGCUAAGAUCGCUUUGUGUCUGUUCUGAUUCACUGUGCCACGAAUUCUCGAUAUUCUUUUAGACUCCGACAAGCGGAAGUCUAUUAUCACUAACUGUGAGAGUUUUCAGGGAGUUGUGCAUUUACGAUCGUUAUUAUUAGGAAAUUUUGAGACAGCUGCUGGCGACUUGCCAGACGAUCAGUUAAUAAACAGAUAGUGGAACAGGUGGUAUGCAUUAGUUUCUUUCAGACCUGAAUAUUUUGUUCCAAUAAGAUCAAUACAGAAGCCUGAUUUUCACGCAUGAAUUUAGAACUCGUUUGCAGUCGUCACUGUUAUGCCGACGAUUUGGUGCAUUAUUAUUCUCAUGCGGUAAAAGAAGCUUCCAAGAUGCUCAUCGGGUUAAUUGCCAAGCGCUUGGUGAUGAAUUCAGCGUUCAUCUCGCGAUCGCUGAAUACCAGCCGUCUGCAGGCUGUCGUUCGCCGAUCACACUCGACAGACAUAGAUGAGGUUGCAAAUGCAGCUCGAGCCGCAAAAAAGCACGCUGCUUCAGGACAGCCGACAAUUUUUGCGAAGAUUCUUGAUGGGACCAUUCCAGCAGAUAUCAUUUACGACGACGACAAGUGCAUCGCGUUUAACGAUAUCAACCCUCAAGCGCACGUCCAUUUUUUGGUUAUCCCACGAAAAUUUAUAGCAACGUUGGAACAGGCCGACGACUCGGACCAGGAUCUGCUUGGUCAUCUGUUGCUGGUUGCUCAAAAGGUUGCCGCGCAGCAAGGCCUGAAAGAAGGUUAUCGUGUCGUAAUCAACAACGGCGUACAGGGUGCUCAAAGUGUCUACCAUUUACAUGUGCACGUUAUGGGAGGCAGACAGAUGACGUGGCCGCCUGGCUGACGUAUCACUGUUAUGAGUCAGCUUUAAGAUCACUUGUCAGGAAUUGGUAGAGUACAAAAAAUGGACAUUUGAGGAUUCGAUGUACAAAAAAUGCUGGUUCUCGAUAUCUAACUCUUCGCUAAAGGUUUGAAAAGCGAAAAAUGUUGAUAGCAAAAUGCCCGCAGUCUUAGCCAUAUAUAGUUGUCUUUCUUUUAUAAUAAUAAAAAAAAACACUUAUUAUUAAUUGAUGUCAACGUACCGCGUUUUCC